UAAUGUAAAGACAGACUGCUUGAAAUUUGGUUUUGAAAUUGCCGCCAUAGUAGCAUAGUGAUAUUUGUCGGUCCUGUGUAUAAAAGCUAACCUAAAAAAAGGAAAUCAAUGCAACGAUGAGGUGUGUCAGCAACGCAAAUAGAUUAGUUUUUAGCAAAAACUAAAAUUAUUGGAAGUUAUUGGUGGUUUUACGUUGGAAAGAUUAUCGAAUCUAUAAAGGAUUUCGUGAUUCAACAAAGAAUACUUUUAAAAUUAUGAAGUAACAGAGAACAUUAAAUGAAAAAAUAGGAAACAACUUCGAACAUUAAUUUUCACGUCAACCAAACGAAAACAGUUUGAAUAUGGUACUUGAGACGGUUAGGAUUUGCAAUAAGGAGCAGAAAAUAAUCGUUGGUCGUGGAUGUGUUCAAAACGUCGAUCAACAAAAUUUCUACGCGAUGUGUCGGACUAAAAUUUGCAAUCCAGAUUAAAUAGAAUGCUGCAAUUACACAUAGAGCGGAAACAGCUGUUGGAUUGGAACGAUUGACGGAAUAAACGAGAACAAGAAAUCGGUACAACGAUGCAAAAUUGUUGUGACGAUGGCGAUAACGACGUCGUCUAUAAGGAUGUGGUCAUUAUAGGAAACGGACCUAGUGGAAUAUGCCUUUCUUUCAUGCUUGCUGGAAAUUGGCCUUAUUAUACCGGUGAACCACAUCCCGCCGAUGAAAUGCUCACAGCCAGAUUACACUCGAGCACGAGGUCCGGAAAUGAUGACGAGGAAUGUUGCGAUAAGACGAGUCAAGAACAACAACAAUUAGGCAAUGAACCGAGAUGCCAUCGAUGGCACGAGAGUGAGAAUACCAAGUUGAGAAAAUGUCAGGGGAACGGCGGUGGAAGGGGCUUGGCGAGCAGUACGCGUUGCAAAUUGGAAUGUCUUUCUUCCGGACUGGAAGGUAGAACCGGUGGUCGGCCUUUGGCUCUUCUUAUGGACCAACUUCAACAUCCUUGUGUCGAUGCUGGCCUUGAUGUGCCGUCUCUGCUUACCUGGAAAUCGGUCGAGCAACAUCCUGAGCAUAAAGUGAUCGAUCACAUUGUGCUCGGUAAAGGUCAACCUGGUGGUUCAUGGCAGUCGAUGGAUCCAAACGUGUUGACCAUCAGCUUGAACCGAUGGAUGUCGUUGCCCGAUUUAGACAUAAGACAAUGGGAGAUGUUGGUCGAGUCCGAAGAACUUCAAAAAGCAAAUUCGACAGAGGGUAAACCGUCGUGCAUGUACUAUGCCUUUCAAGAGAAACCGAGUGCAUGUAAAACGGCUAGCAGAAUUUCUGUCGGUACAGUAGCUGCCUAUUACAAAGAUUACGUACGGAGAAAAAAGUUGGAGCAAUACUUUCGAUGCGAGACUGUAGUUACUUCAGUGAGACUGUGCUGCGAUUCUCGUUAUCAUCAUCAUCCACAACAACAACAACAACAACAACAACAACAACAACAACAACAACAACAACAAGAUCGUUACGGAUGGAUAGUCGAUGGUUUCGAUAAACAAACAGGGAAACCGUUUCGCUAUCGCUGCAAAAGAGUCGUUCUUGCCACAGGCACGACCGAUUUAUCAAAUCAAUUGGGUAUAGCCGGUGAAGAUUCUCAACUUGAUUGGGUAACGCACGAUCUAAACAAGCUGGAAUCAAGAUUGGAUCAUUUGAUUAGUCAUCAGCAACAUGACUCGAUGGUCGAUUCAAUUUUAGAAGUAGAGGAACGACGGCAACCAAUUGAUCCGGUAUUAGUGAUCGGUUCUGGACUAAGUGCUGCCGAUGCAAUCAUGGCCGUUCGUUUUCAUGGCAUUCCCGUCUUGCACGCAUUUCGUGACUCGUCCAACGAAUGGAAUAAAUCAAACGACGAGAAAAUACGCACUAUCUAUGAUAGAUUGCAAGGUCUACCCAGCUCGAUGUAUCCCGAAUAUCACAAGGUAUACGAGAUGAUGGCUGAUGGUGGUACUAAUUAUCCUCUAUACAAAGCAUUACCGGGGUACACGUUGCUCGGACUUACUGCAAAUGAUACUGAUUUCAUCGAUGGUGCCGGAUUCGAAAAACAUCCGAUGGUUACGCUUGUCGACCCAGACGGAUGCGCACACGCUUUUCGUGUCUCUGCCGUAGCCAUCCUUAUCGGUUACAAGCCUGAUUUGUCCUAUCUCAAAGCUGACGGUAUCGGGCUUGGUAAAUAUUUCGAGAAACCCAUAGAUGGUAAAUCGAAUCCUAUCGAGGUUGACGAUUUUACUUAUGAAGUAAUCAAAGCCCCGAGAUCUGGACUUUACGCUUUAGGUCCUUUAGUCGGUGAUAAUUUCGUACGUUACAUACUCGGUGGAGCGUUUGCAAUUUUAGUUCACAUUCUAAAUACCUCGUCUCCGUCUUUCACUUGAGUAAUGUGUAGUCGCACAAGCCUCUUAACUCAUGUUCGAUCGAUUCUGAGUCUCCGCAGAAUCAUACACAAACCGCACGCGUUUUUUAUUCGUACAUUCUGUAUUAUACUUAUCCAGGAACGUUUUUCUCUAUUCAGCUGAUGUACCUUUCUACCACCGUGUAUAAAAACAAAGUAAACGUAAACUCUUUUACGCGUAAAUGAUAUCCAAAUUGUUUAUCGUUCGAUGCAAAUUUGUCCCUUAGUUUUUCAAAAUGCGUGCGUACUUUUAACAAAAUCUACACGAAACUGCUUAUACAAGUAUAUUAAGGUUUUUAUCAUGAAUCUUGACCAAGGAAAACAAAUCCGAUCAUACAGAUGAUACAAUAAAAUUCAUACGACUUUAACAUCAGCAUUUAGUGCAUUCCAUUUAUUAGAAUAAACUUUUUAUUACAGAAUUGCAGUAUUGCGAAUCACAUAUUGAACGUUAAACUACUUCGUCAUAGGUAGGUACUAUUCCAUAGGUUGAAUUUUCUUCAACAUAAUAAAUCUCAGAAGAAAGCGUAUUUUACGAAUUUCUAUUGUUCCUUGGUUAACGAAUCGUUUCUAAUUUGUAUAACGUAAGAUUUUUGUAGAACUGAAUAAAUAAUUAUACCA